AUGCCUGCAUGCCAUGAACGACAGGGGCAAAUAUUCCGGAACUCACAACUGAGAACUCAUAUCUCAAGUUGCGCAGGGUGGUCGAGCAUUCCCGUGGGACUGGACGGGGAGAAGGUGGAAAAGAGAAGCGAGCUUGGUACCUCUUGGCCACGAGGCCGCUCGAGAGAACAGGUGUUUGUGGAGUUCGUGAUCGACUACCGAACAUAUCAGCAUUUGACCAAGGCCAGCAAAGACCCUGUUCUCACUGAAAAGCUAGCUUAUUGCCCUUUGGCGGUAAAUUAUCGUUCUCAGACCCGUCAUAUAGAUACAGAGGUAUUCAGGUCUCCGCGUAAAGGCAAGCCAUUCAAGGUCACUCAGGACGCCUUCCAUGACGGUCUGAAAGCGUGGGAAGACAGCGAGGAGUAUGAGAAGCUCAGAAACUCCCUGAUGACCAGCAUAGUCCUCGAAAAGACCACCAAGAUUGUUGCAUUUGCCUGCUGCACCAUGUCACUACACCUUUCAUGGGGCCACAAUAGUAUAACACAGCACGCCUUGAUAUUGACAGUCAAGGAUAUCCUGCAGAAGAAGAACGUCAAUUUGGAUCAAGAGAUCAAACUCUACGCUCAGGAUCCGGUGUAUACAGACGUGGAUAAAGCUGUGCUGGAGGCGGACGGGAUCCACAUGCUCGAUGACCCAUAUGGGUUCUUGGAGGUGGACGACUCAAGCAUUGUCAUAUCAUUCUCUCCCAAACGUUCCAGUCAGGCAGAUUGUAGCAGACAUUGCACACCCCGCUAUCAUAAUAUUGGAUAA